AUGCCAAUGGAAUGGGAGUGUUGGUAGUCAUGUUUAUAAAUUAGCAUCCCAAUGCAAUUCUCUUUUUGUUCUGUUUCUAGCUCGUAAUCUUGCAGUAUAUACGAUCUUACUAUUAGAAAAAUGCCCCUCAAAUCGAUCUUGGUGACAGGCUGCUCUGGAGGCGGCAUUGGGUCAGCCAUCGCGCUACUGCUGGCUAGAAAAGGACAUCACGUCUUUGCGACGGCACGCAAUACAUCAAAGAUACCGGAAGAGCUGACCAGCUUGUCCAAUGUCACAGUUCUGUCUCUUGAUGUCACGUCGAUGCCCUCAGUUAAAGAAGCUGCCAAAGCCGUCAGUGAAAGCGGCCAUGGACUCGACGUACUAGUCAAUAACGCAGGGAUUGGCUAUGUGACGCCCAUCCUGGACAUGGACAUUGAGGAAGCGAAGAGGGUACACGAUACCAAUCUCUGGGGUAGCAUUCGGAUGAUCCAGGCUUUCAAAGACUUGCUGAUCGCGAGUCACGGCCGCAUCGUCAAUAUCAUCUCCAUCGGCGCAUUGUUAAAUCUACCAUGGCACGCUGCGUAUUGUUCGGCGAAGAUCGCUAUGGCGAACAUCUCUGAAACUCUACGUCUUGAGCUCGCGCCCUUUGGCGUCAAUGUUGUAGCUGUGAUGGCAGGCACCGUUGCGACAAAAUUUGAUGCCAAUUGUACUGAAUUCACCCUUCCAUCGGGAUCUCUCUAUGCAAGUAUCAAGGAUUAUAUUGCUGGCUGGGUUACGGGUACCGCUAAGCCGCCAGGAGGAUCUGUUGAUGAGUUUGCUCAGCUCGUGCAUGAAGAUAUUGUCGGAAAAGGGAGGAACGGCGUGGUAUAUAGAGGAGAGAACUCUGGCAUGACUGCGUUUGUGGUGAAUUGGUUUCCAAGGUGGAUAGUGGACAAGCUUCUGGUCAGCCAGAACUCGGGAUUGCCGGCACUGGCCAAAAUUGUCUCGUAGUUCUACCUAUCUCAAUUGUCUUUGUCUAUCUUUUCUAAACAAGUGUAACUUAACGUUAGUUAGUUAGAACCACUAGCUAUGUAUUACAUAAUCAGCUAGCCCGAAACGUCUGCCCCACUG